GCUGGCACGAGCCAUUUCACCGGUAGAGCAGCAUGUCUGCGUACACACCACCCUGUAAUACACCUGUUGAAGUCCCAAAUGAGCUUUACCACGAAGAUCUACAGCGGGAGCGGGAACGAGUGCUCCCAAUUGAGGAUUGCCUUGGUCAGCCAGCGCUGAUGACGACGGCCCUGUCUACCGGCACUGGGAAGACACCGAGAUCGCAGCCACCACGUCGUAACAUAUUCGCAUCGCGUAUGACCACCAGUGCGGAGCUGGACAGAGUCAUCACAAAGUACGUGACGGAGUAUAGGCCCUGGAGCGCCAAUUAUGGUGAACGGGCCAGCGUGUGGCAAGAGGCGUACGAGCAGAUCAGAGCCAACUACGACAAGCCUCACGUUGUAGGGUCGCUCAAAAGCGUCAGGGACCGGUGGAGGGUUCUUAGCAGGCAGAAGGACCACAACCAGCGGGGGACAAGGAGGGCUGUGGAAGCCAAACGGUCGGAGCUGCCACAACGGUGCACCGCCAACACGGACUCUGGCCCUACACCAACGUUGACAGCGCUCGAGGCCCGCACGAAGAGACAGCUGGAGAUCCACAACGAGCUACAGCAGCUGCACCGGAGACAGGCUGAGCUCCUCGAAGAGCUGAGAUCAUUAUACCCAUGAGGGGCUUCGUUUGCUUUAGGAAUGAACAGUUGCGUACGCUUAGCUUCCUUUGUUCGUAGGCAUUGGACCAUCACCACCGGUGUAUAUCGUCUCCUUGUAGCAUUUGUAUGUAAGAGCAGCAGCAAGCAAUGAAGGAGAUAAAAAA